AUGGCCGAGGGUCUCUUCGAACGUGCCGCAUUGGCCGCAGAUGCGGCCGCCCCCAAGAACAAACGCAUCAAGCUCUAUAAAUGGGAUUCAGUCGCGGCACAGCUGCUCGAGCCAUAUGGCGAGAGUGUGCUCGACACUAUGUCGUUGAAGCAAGUGUGGCAGGCUACCACAGAUGGGAACAAGCAAGCAGCUUACCAUUCCCACCUAUGCGCCGACUUGCAGACCGACGCUUGGCACGUCGGCGCCGGCGUGUCCACCACGGCGGCUGCAAUCGAGGCCGCGAUCAAAAAUUUUGACACAGAGAACAUGAGGAUGUUCAGCCGAGAGGACCUCUACGCCAAAGUCAUAGAAGAAAUCAAUCAGCUGAAGCCCGUCCUGGAAAAGCUGAACGUCGGGCGAGGAUCUCAGAAGAUGGAAGCUGGACCGGGUGGCUUCAAAGAAGCUAAACGCCAGAAGACAUCAGAGCCGGUGCAGGCCUACACAGAAGCCGAAGUUCUGGAGGCGGCACGCUUUCGGAUCGUCGCCGACGCCCUGCGCGAGGGAGGAGUCCUCUUCGCGCAG